CGGCGCGGCACGGACGGGACUCGCCACCGCGGGCCGGGCGGGGCUCGGGGCUGCCUGCCUCUUGCCCCCUCCCGCCAAGGAUCCCGCCCGGCACACUCCACCCACCCGAGGCUACUUGUGCCCCCUGCACGGGCCGCCGGCAUUCCCGGCUUGGGCGGCGGGAGGAGCUCAGCCCGGCCCAGCACGGAGGUCAUGCCGCGGGGCCCCGGGGCGGCGGUGCGGCUGCUGGCGCUGCUGAUCUGUUUGAAUUAUGGACAUGGGCUCUAUGUGAAGGUUUAUAAUCGAAAUGACAGGAGUGGCGUUUUGUCUCAUCCCAACAGCCUAGUCAGACAGAAGCGAGAAUGGACAGUCCCUCCAGCUUUCAUACGGGAAGAGGAGGACAAUUCCUAUAAGAAUCCAAUUGCUAGAAUACAUUCAGAUCUUGAAGAUACAGGAAUAGUAGUAACAUACACUAUAUCUGGUCAAGGAGUAACAGAACCCCCUUAUGGAUUAUUUGUUAUCAAUGGAAAGACUGGUGACCUGAACAUAACAGGAAGGGUGGACAGAGAAAAGACUCCAAUUCUUCUUGUCCGAGGCCACGCACUAGAUAAGAAUGGGGCAAAACUGGAAGAGCCAAUAGACCUCCCAAUUAAAGUUGUGGACAUAAAUGACAAUUUUCCAGUGUUUUCACAUGAAGUUUUUGUUGGUUCAAUUGAAGAAUUAAGCGAAGCAGGUACAAUCGUAAUGAGGAUAAAUGCAACAGAUGCAGAUGAACCAAAUAAUCUAAAUUCCAAAAUUGCUUUCAGGAUUGUUUCCCAAAGCCCUAGCGAUGCAUUCAGCAUGGAUAAGAAUACUGGCGAGGUUCGAGUAGCAAAAAUAAACCUUGACAGAGAGACACAAAGUAGCUAUUCUUUGGUGGUGGAAGCAAAGGACCGCGGUGGUGAAACAGGAGGGAAUGCUGCAACGUGUUCUUUAGAAAUCAAGAUUCUGGAUGUCAAUGACAAUAUACCCAUUGUUGAAAGUCGUACAUUUGAAGGAAGCAUUGAAGAAAACAGGGCAAAUGUGGAAAUUAUGCGGAUAAAAGUAUUUGACAGAGAUGAAGAGUUUUCUGAUAACUGGCUGGCAAACUUUACAUUUGUUUCUGGCAACGAAGGUGGUUUUUUCCAAAUUGUAACAGAUGCCCAGACAAAUGAAGGAAUUUUGACCGUUGUGAAGGAGCUGGAUUAUGAAAAAAUGCAAAGCCUAAACUUGGGUAUUGUUGUUACAAACAAAGCAGAGUUCCACAAGUCAAUUAAACACAGUUACAAAGCAAAAACAAUUCCAAUCAAAAUUAAGGUGAUCAAUGUGCAGGAAGGUCCUGUGUUCCCUGGUGGCACAAAAAUUAUUGAAGCAAGUGAGAAACUGCAGAUAAAACAAGUUAUUGGACAGUAUCAAGCCUAUGAUGAAGACACUGGAAAAAUAGCACAGCGCAUUACCUACAUGAAAGGAAGAGAUGCGGCAAACUGGAUCACAGUAGACCCAGUGACAGGUGAAAUCCGACUUGCUAAAAAUCUUGAUUACGAAUCACCUCAUGUAGUAAACGGCACCUACACUAUCACCAUGUUGGGUGUAACUACUGAUUCCCCAAGGAAAACAGUCACUGGCACAGUCAUCAUUCAAGUUAAAGAUGAGAAUGAUAACUGCCCAGUUAUUGUGAACCCUGUGCAGACUGUGUGUUCAGAUGCAAAAUUAGUUGAUGUUACAGCUCAUGAUUCGGAUGGUUACCCAUAUAGUUAUCCCUUCAGCUUUACUGUCAUUGAUGAGCCAGAAGGAACAGCAGCAAAGUGGAUAAUUGCCUCUGGAAAUGACACCAGCGUACAGCUGGUACCACAAAACCUGAAGCCAGGCAGAACUGAAGUUCCCAUGCUAAUAAAGGAUUUCCAAGGGGUCAGCUGUGCUCUGCCACAGACCCUGCAGCUGAGUGUUUGUGAGUGUGCAGAUGAUGGCGUGUGCCAGGAGAAGUUUGUUGGUGCGAAGUCGGUGGGUCUGGCACCAGCAGCGGUUGCACUCAUCAUCUUGGCAUUUUUACUUUUGCUGCUUGUUCCACUGUUACUGCUGCUGUGUCCUGGUGGCUUGGGAGCAAAGGGAUUUGGUGGAGCAAAGACAUUUGCUGAAAUACCAGACCACAGUGAAGCCAUGUUGCGUCAGUGGAACAGUGAAGGAGCAGCUCCUGAGGAGAAGCCAGUACUAAGCUUCAUUCCACCCACUGCACUUGGGAACUUGAAAGGAGGAACAACAACAGCAGCAGCAGCAGCAGCAGCAGGAGGAAUGAGUGGAGAAGAAACUCUAAUAGGAGCAGGCAGCUCUGCCUCUCACGUAGGAGAGCAUCACAACACUGUUACCAGGGAAAGAUGGGAAGAGCAAAGGCGUCUUCUUUCUGCUGCCGACUAUGGAGCCAUGUCAGCUGAAGGCAUGGCAGGUGUAGACGGCAAGACAGUGGUGUCUGGAGGAGGAGUUGCUGUGGGAGCAGCAGGAGCCAUGAAUGAAGAAUUCUUAAGAGACUACUUCAAUGAUAAAGCUGUCUCUUUUGCUGAUGAAGAUGAAGAGCAAGCUGCAAAAGACUGUCUCCUGGUUUAUUCCCAGGGAGAAUCAGGCUCCCCUCAUGGCUCCGUUGGCUGCUGCAGCUUUAUUGAGGGGGAUCUUGAUGACCAUUUUCUUGAUGAUUUAGGAGACAAGUUUAAGACUCUAGCAGAAAUAUGUAUAGGUAGACAGAUCAACAUGAAAGAUGGUGGCUACAAGAAUGAAUCUGGUUUUGGUCUUAGUGAAGCAAAGUCACAGUUCUUAGAUCAGCAAAAUGUUUCCACCUCUGAACAAGCCUUUGCCUCAGGCAGUGGCUUCCAGUCCAUCCACACAGGCAGUGGCACAGGAGAAAGCACCCUGUCCAAGGAGGUGGUCACAGAAACAACCUUUUCAUCAUCCCCUUCUGGGCAGCACAAUGCCCGGCACCUCCCCACAUGCCACGCGGAGAGCAGUGUCACCAUGACGGAAACAUCCUAUUCUGUGGGGGCUCCUGCCCGCUCAGCCCCUCUCUUUUUAGAUCCCCAGAUUAAGGAGAACGUAGUGGUGACAGAGAGAGUGCUGGCACCUGCAUCAAGCAUUCAGGGGAUGGUAAAAAUCCCUGAUCUGCCACACGGAGGUAACGUGGUGGUAACAGAGAGGAUGGUGAAGUCGGCAGGUGCAGGGCCAGGAGCCCUGACAGUUCAGGAUCUCCCUGACUCACAGUAUGUCGUGGUGAGGGAGCGAGAGAGGGUGCUUGUGCCUGCUGCUGCAGAGCAGGGCUCGCUUAGCUUCCCUGCUUCGACAGAGGAGCGCAGCACGGUGCUGAAUGAAAGGGUGGUGACAGCCUCGGGGCUGCAGAGCAGAGCUGAGCAGGCACCAGACUCCCCACUUAACCUGAUGGGCUCUGACUUACAAGGGAUUCCUGCCAGUGCCACACUGAGCAAGUCUUCCAGGGUCACCAAACACAGCACAGUGCAGUACACUCGCUCAUAGCCUGGCUCCUUGCUGGGAGUGUCUAGCACCCUUCUGUCUGUAUGCAUCCUGCCUCGGCCUUUUCCAUGAGAUCCAAAUUUGCUGGAGCUUCCAGAACGACAAAUGUACUCAUUUGCACUAGUUUGUAUAAAUAUGGAUUAUAUGACCAGGAAGCAAGUAAGGAAAUCUGGUGUUAAGUUAUAUUGGCAGGGAUGCUUUUGAAGUGGAAAGAUGUGGGAAAUACUUUUUUUUGUUACUGCUUUUUAUUGUACAGAUAGUGUAAGAAUACCACAUAACCAGAGCUGCAUAAUUUUGGGAAAACAGGAAAAAAGUCUCCAAUCUAGUGAUGGAUAGCAACCUGCAAAGCACAAGUAAAGUUUUUGAACUGCUAUUGAGUGUAUCUGAAGCCCUCCUGUGUGGGGAGUCAGUUUCUCAUUGUGUGUUUGCCAUUGUGUUGCGGGCCCUGGUAGCUCCCCCUGAGCCUUGCUAAAAAAUCUUCCUGAGAAGCCCAGGCCACUAAAGCUAGUAUGCCUGCAGUGGUGUGUUGAUCUCCUGAAGGGAUGUCACAAUUUCAGGUUAUCAGAAUUUGUAACUUAAGCAAUCAAUACUUGCAUGUUACCACAGAAGUUAGAGAGCAAUUAGCAAAAAAGCUGAGAACUGCAUUUUUUUAUUACCUCAGUCUAAGAGUUCCAUUACUUGGUGUGGGUCUACGCUGGCAUGGACAAGUAAGCAUUUGCAUUGUUAUAUUUUCCACUUUAUUCAACUUAUGAGAAUCAGACAGGGCUUACCUUAGCCUUAGAGCCAGAGAUUCAGCCAGUGGCUUUGUCAGCAAAGCUUAUGGCGCUUGGACAUCCAUAGGAUACGAUUGACAGGUGCAAUUCGGUAUUUGGAAUUGUGUGUGUCACCUCACAGACACAGAAAUCAGCCUUGUGUGUGUGAGGUUCCACUAGUUUCAGUACCAGAGCUCGACUGGCUGGUAAAGUGCUGUGUAAGGACAGCUUCCCUUGGCUGUGACAAGACAAGAGGAAGUUCCCUUUAGCUCUGCUUUGCUUUUCUUGAAGUUUAUGUGGUAAAAGCAGGAGAGGGUACUGCACUGGUUGGCAGUACAUACAUAUGCACGUGUAGACAUUUGUAUGCCAUUUGGAACAUUCUGAAGUUAAUUUUAUACAAGAAAAAAUGUAUUACACUCCAUAAGUUUUCUUAGAAGUAUUUUCGAUGAGGCAUAGGUAGGAUAUUUAUCUCCUACCUGUGAAAUCAGCAAGAUGGUCAUAAGGUAGUGAAAAGCCUGUGGACCUGCAGAACUUUCAGGUUGUCUCCAUCUCCUGGAAUUUUCCUGCAUCUGCAGCGUUAUUUUUUCCACUUAUGUGUUCUACCUUUGACUAGAAAUGCUCUCAGGGUGUUUAGUUUUACUAAUGGUAAAAGUUGCUUUGAAGACAUAAAUACAUAAACUUGGAACCAUUGCUGUGCUCAACCAUGACAGAUGGGUCAUUACAUUAAGUGGAGUAGUAUUUCCAGACUCCCUGCUUGGCUGGACUUAUUGGUUAUUUAUCUCUUACACUACGUUUUUAAAAUACAUGUAUUUAUUUCUAAGUGAGCCUGCAGUUCCAAGUGGUCACCACUUUUCUGACUUUCUAAUAGAGUGUCUUUGUGGGUUUAUGCAGUCUUAAAAUAAAGAAUUCUACUGUAUUUUUUUUUAGUUCUUCAUUCAGUGAAAACACUGGCUUUCCUACUGCAAAUAAAGAGUUUAAAGAUGGAAUGAGGACUGAGAUUUCCCAAACAGCCUCAAGGAAUAUCUGAAAGAUGCAGAUGUAAAAAAAGCUGGUGUCCUGCUAUAACAAAAAUUCUGACAAAAAUGUGAAUUCUGCCUUAGUGGUUAAGUGCACUAAAUUUUGUAACUCGAUGCAAGAGAACAGCAUCCCCUCUGUAGAUUUACUGGGCUUUGGGGAAAAUCCUUCAAAUCAGUUUUAUGCUUCCAGACAACAUGGCAUAAAACAGCCUCGGUUUUAUAACGUGUUACAACAUGGAGCUGUUAACAUCCAGAAGAGAUGUAAGAGUGUAAUGUUUGUAAAUAAACUUCUUUCACAGA